AUGCACACACAGCAGAGGAGGAGGCCUCAGGAGGAGAGGAGGAGGCCUCAGGAGGAGAGGAGGAGGGCUCAGGAGGAGAGGAGGAGGGCCCAGGAGGAGAGGAGGAGGGUCCAGGAGGAGAGGAGGAGGGUCCAGGAGGAGAGGAGGAGGGUCCAGGAGGAGAGGAGGAGGGCCCAGGAGGAGAGGAGGAGGCCUCGGGAGGAGAGGAGGGCCCAGGAGGAGAGGAGGCCUCGGGAGGAGAGGAGGAGAGCCCAGGAGGAGAGGAGGAGGGCCCAGGAGGAGAGGAGGAGGGCUCGGGAGGAGAGGAGGAGUGCCCAGGAGGAGAGGAGGAGGGCUCAGGAGGAGACGAGGAGGGCCCAGGAGCAGAGGAGGAGGGCCCAGGAGGAGAGGAGGAGGCCUCGGGAGGAGAGGAGGGCCCAGGAGGAGAGGAGGCCUCGGGAGGAGAGGAGGAGGGCCCAGGAGGAGAGGAGGAGGGCUCAGGAGGAGAGGAGGAGGGCCCAGGAGGAGAGGAGGAGGCCUCGGGAGGAGAGGAGGAGGCCUCGGGAGGAGAGGAGGAGGCCUCGGGAGGAGAGGAGGAGGGCCCAGGAGGAGAGGAGGAGGGCCCAGGAGGAGAGGAGGAGGGCCCAGGAGGAGAGGAGGAGGGCCCAGGAGGAGAGGAGGAGGGCUCGGGAGGAGAGGAGGAGGGCCCAGGAGGAGAGGAGGAGGGCCCAGGAGGAGAGGAGGAGGCCUCGGGAGGAGAGAGGACAUAGGAGUAGAGAGGAGCGGAGAGGAGGAAAUGAACAUGAGGAGUUAGGAGCAGAGGAGACAGGAGGAGUUAGGAGGAGAGAGGCAAUAGGAGCAAGGAGGAGAGGAGAGGAGAAAGAGGGAGCUAGGAGGAGAGGUGAGGAGAUAGGGCAUAAAGGAGAGGAGUUAGAAGGAGUCAGGAGCAGAGCAGAGAGGAGUUAG